AUGGACAUGAAGAAAUUACACGAAUUUAUGGAACUGCUUGGUCGAUUGAAGCACAUGAAAAGGAGAGGAUGGGUUGUGAGAAAUAUCCCUGAACCUGAAACAAUUGCUGGUCACAUGUACAGAAUGGCCAUGCUUUCUUUUUUGGUAGACAAUGAAGAGAAUUUAGAUAAAGUCAAAAUUAUGCAGAUGGCUUUAAUUCAUGACCUAGCAGAAUGUAUUGUGGGAGACAUAACACCUCAUUGUGGUGUUCCACCUGAUGAGAAGCAUAGACUAGAGGAUGAAGCUAUGGAAGAUAUCUCUAAACUUUUGGGUGAUAAAGGACCUGGGAUUUUAGAAAUGUUUCGCGAAUAUGAGAAGCAAGAAUCUCCAGAAGCUAAGUAUGUCAAAGAUCUGGAUAGGUUAGAUUUAAUUAUGCAAGCAUAUGAAUAUGAAAAAAGGGAUAAUGCUCUUGGAGAGUUGGAAGAAUUCUUUACUGCAACUACUGGAAAAAUCAGGCAUCCUUUUAUUAAAAAAAUGGCAUCUGAGAUCACAGAGACAAGACAAGCGCUAUUGUGCGAUUCAAUUACUGCAAAAUAG